AUGAGUUUAAAACGUCCAAAUGAUGGUGCUUUGGUUCCGGUUGGUCCGCAACAACCACAUGUCAAACAAGCACGUACAGAAUUAGCUAUCACGACAAUACCAUCUCGUCCACGUUCAAGUAGAUUAUAUUCACCUAUUAUGUUAUUACAAGGUCAUGAAAGUGAAGUAUUUUGUUGUAAAUUUCAAUCGGAUGGUGAAAUAUUAGCAACAGCAGGAUUUGAUCGCAAAAUAUUUUUAUGGAACGUUUAUGAGCAAUGUUUGAAUUGGGCGGUACUCACAGGACAUGGAGGAGCCAUUAUGGAAAUACAAUGGUCACCAGAUGGUUCAGAAUUAGCAUCAUGUGCAACAGAUAAAUUAGCAUUUAUAUGGGAUAUUGCAACGUGUCAACGUGUUAAGAAGUUAAAAGGUCACAAAUCUUUUGUUAAUUCUGUGAGUUAUUCACGUACGGGUAAAGAAAUGUUAUGUACGGGAUCCGAUGACGGCACAGUAAAAAUAUGGGAUAGAAGAAAACGAGGUGAAGUAAUGACAUUAGAAUGUACCUAUCAAGUUUUAACAUGUUGUUACUCGUCGACGAGUGAAGCAGUUAUAUCGGGUGGUAUUGAUAAUUCAAUUAAAAUAUGGGAUCUUCGAAAACAGCAAGUGUCACAACGAUUAGACGGACAUCUAGAUGCUAACGAGGGGUAUCCCAAUCCAUAG